GGGUCUAGUAAUAAAAUUCUCCUUUUCAAAGGCCGUUGUGAGAUAAAUUUUGACAUGGGGUAAUGGCGAAAAUUGUUAAUAGUAUUGGGUAUUUGUCCGCGCAGGAAGAUGACAGAGGACAGACGACGGCCAUCGGGGCGUGUCUGACGGACAGUGCGUACGUUAUCGUGAAGCAUCUGGAGAGAGAGAGAGAGAGAGAGAGAGAGAGAGAGAGAUCUUCAGGCCAGGGCUUGAUUCGCCUGAAAAUGUCCGAUACGCCCAAAAGUCUCAAGAUUCGCAGGUCCUUUGCCACCAUCAUUGUGCCUGACCAUCACAACCAUCGCCGAUUGUUGCAGACCCUUUGGCUUCCUCCAGUGACUGUUCCUCUUCAGCUUCGCAGACCUGUUGCUGCUGAUCACCACAGAUCCUUCUCCAAUCGUGGCAGAUCUAUCGCCGCUAAACGGGGGUCGGGACGUACCACAGCCAUAGUGUAUGCUGUACAGUGUGAAGAAUGCUUUAAAUGGAGACAGAUAUCGGCACAAGAAGAGUUUGAGGAGAUCAGAAGUAAAUUUAUAGAGGAUCCUUUUGUCUGCAACAAGAAAGCUAAUGUUUCUUGUGAGGAUCCCGCUGACCUUGAGUAUGACAGCACUAGAUUGUGGGUCAUUGACAAGCCAAACAUUCCCAAGACACCAGCAGGUUUUAAGAGGGACCUGGUGCUUCGAGGGGAUUUCUCCAAAAUGGAUGCCUAUUAUACUACACCUGCUGGAAAAAGAUUGAGAGCCACUAGUGGAGUAGCUUCAUUUUUAGAAGCAAAUCCGGAAUACCAAGGUCUGUCAACUUCAGACUUCAGUUUUACACCUCCAAAGGUGAUGGAUGACACUAUUCCAGACAAUGUUGAAAGGAAGGGCCCCUCUAGCCUUAACAAAGGGGCCAAAACUUCAAGCAACGGAGAAGACAAUGCCUGAGAAUUUUUGAGACAUUGGCUUUGUUGGAUUACAUGAUUGACAAGUUAUAAUCAUUUCUGGUUAACUGCAUGUUGUUGGCUGUUGGGAUGUGAAGAUUGGUUUCUUGCUUUGGACCAGGAUUUUCCUGCCCUUUCUGGUAAAAUUUUGAAUCGGGGAAUGAAUCAUUAUGUAGUUAUAAUUCUGGACCAGCGGAUCACAUUGUUUUCUUUUUGCGAGGCAAAUAGAGACAAUUGCCAUAUGUAUAUGCUUGGGAGUACAGUUGCUGUACUUUUGAGAAAAAUAUUUGAACUUUUAA